UAACAGAUAGCACCUGUCAUAUUUUAAUUUUAAUUUUUGUUCUUUAGUUCACAGUUGCCACUAUCAUCUAUCCUCAGGAAAAUAUGCAUAUAUUACUCUAUGCGUCUAUCGUAGUAUCGUAGCCUGUAAAUAUUAGGUAAUAUGUUUUGUGUUAUUCGUUAUAAUAGAAUAAUAUGUAUUGUAUAUUAAUAUUUUGGAUGGAGCUCUAAGCUUCCGUCUGAAUUUUAAAUGUUCCUUCUUAACUUCUCAAGUUGUAAUUGUAUAUAGUUCUAAGGCGAAAAAAGUUAAAUAAUAGUACUCGAUUAUUUUACUCGUUGAAUUUAUGGGUUAAUGUAAGAGAUAAUAGUCAUUUAAAUCAUAUUAAGAAUUGUAUGUGUUGCACUAAUUCAAAUAAAAGUGCUGUGCAAUUUUUGAUUCGUCAGCUACAUUUUCAAAUCAAAUUUUUGUUAUUUAUGUCCCAAUUAUUGGAUGUUUGUAUACAACUGGUUAAUCUAUGAGCUGAGUUUGCCUAUCAACAACAUUAUUCACUAUAUGCGGAAAAAAUGACAAGACAUUUUUCAUAUUUGAUCCUAAAAUGAAUAUUGACAAAUUAAAUUACCAAUGUUCUUACUUAAAAUGUAUUCUGGAAAGCCUCUUUUUAUCUGUGAUAUAUGUCUCCAGCUUAUAUGUAUGGAAUUCACAACAUUCUAGAGAUCAUCCGUCAACUAUAAAGAAAAGAUUUCUUAGUGUAUCAUUCAUGCUAAUAUUUUCACCAUUAUAUACAUGGUAUUUCAUUAACGACAAAACUAAAGUACCUAUUUGGUAUUGGUUGGGUUUGAAAUGGGAUGGAAUAUUUAUGUCUGCUGCUUCUUCACUUUUUUUAACAUGUAUAUUAUUCCUGGGUUCAAUAUGUUUAAUUUGUUGUAAAAACAUUCAAUUAAAAAACAUCUUUAGUAUUGAAAAUAUAAAAUCAAAGUUAACGGAUUUGAUUUGGCUCAGAAAUUAUGUGGUGGCGCCAAUAUCUGAAGAAUUUACCUUUAGAGCUUGCAUUAUACCUCUGUUACUUCAAUGUUUCGAGCCAAUGACCACUAUUUUCAUCUGUCCCAUAUUUUUUGGAGCAGCUCAUUUUAAUCAAUGGAUAGAAAGAAUGCGAGCGGGUGUACCAUGUUUAGAUGCUUUUAUUUUGUCAGUGUUUCAGUUUAUGUAUACUACAAUAUUUGGGGCAUAUUCAGCACUGCUAUUUAUCUCCACUGGAAACGUUUUAGGACCAAUCAUGGCUCAUAAAUUUUGCAAUCACAUGGGAUUUCCUGACUUCCGAGAAAUGUUUCAAUUUCAAGAGCCAAAACGUAGCUGUUUACUAGUUCUUUCAUUAGUCGGGUUAAUAUUGUGGUGCAUAUUGAUUAAAUAUACAACUGACCCAGGGAUAUAUUCUAACCAAAUGAAUUGGACUGAAAUUAACCAAUGUAAUACAAUAAACUCGAGCAAUAACAUUUUGUAAAAUUGUAAAUACAAAAAACCUUUAUUUACAAACACACAAAAAGAGAAUAUUAUGUACAACAUUAUAACAUUUUAAUAAAAUUGUUUAGCUCAAAAAUGUAAUAUAAAUGCUUCUAUUUAAAUUGAAGCAAUAAAACACAACAAAAAUGUUAAAUUAAAAAUAAAAAACUGGAUUAUAGAA